AUGGCCGACAGCAGGCGUGGUGUCGCAAAAUGUGCCCCGGAGGUGCGUAUCGGAAACUAUAUUAUUGGAGAAACGCUGGGCGUGGGUACAUUUGGAAAAGUUAAAGUUGGGAUUCACAAAUCCACCGGUGUUCAGGUGGCUGUAAAGAUUGUUAAUCGUGACAAAAUAAAAGCUCUGGAUGUCGCUGGAAAGUUACGACGCGAAAUUCUCAAUCUAUGGCUCUUUCGGCAUCCACACAUCAUAAAGCUGUACCAAGUUAUUAGCACUCCAACAGAUAUUUUUAUGAUAAUGGAGUAUGUGAGUGGAGGAGAACUGUUCGAUUUUAUUGUCAAAUCUGGUAAAUUAUCGGAGAAAGAAGCUCGGAAGUUCUUUCAACAAAUAAUUUCUGGUGUUGCGUACUGCCAUCGGCAUAAAGUUGUUCAUCGAGAUCUCAAGCCGGAAAAUCUUCUGCUGGAUUCAAAUCAAAAUGUUAAAAUCGCGGAUUUUGGUGAGUUGCUCCACCGUGUUUACGUAAUUGAGUCCAUUGUCAUUCAUGAACGAUGUGCCCGCACGCACAUUCACAUACACUAG